ACAAGAUCUCGAGCAUGUGGGAUUUGUGUUGGAUGAUAUAAAAAGCCGGUAAAUCUUCGACGGAAGCAUCAGAUCCUCUGGACUUACCGACGUAGUCACAACUACCUAUCCUCAUUCAACAUGGUUGCGAAGUUCGUCAUCGUCCUCGCCUUCGUGGCAGUGGCCUCCGCCAGCUCUCUCUCCAGCUUCUCGUACGGCGUGGCGGACCCCUACACCGGGGACUACAAGAACCAGGUCGAGACCCGCGCCGGGGACAACGUCCAGGGACAGUACUCCCUCCUUGAGUCCGAUGGCACCCGCAGGACCGUCGACUACGCUGCCGGCGCUGGCGGCUUCAACGCCGUUGUCAGGAAGGACCCUGCUCUGAUCGCUGCCGCUCCCAUCUCUUACGCCGCCCCCAUCUCCUACGCCGCCCCCAUCUCUUACGCCACCCCCUACGCCUAUGGAGCGUACCCGUACGCCAGAUUCGGAUACCCAUACGGACGAUUCUACUUUCACUGUGCAACAAAUAAACUUAUCGAAAUGGCAGCUAAGUUCGUCGUUGUAGCUCUCUUUGUGGCGGCCGCCCAGGGCAGCGCCAUCCAUGGCGGUAACUACAACAGCUUCUCCUAUGGAGUGUCGGACCCCCACACCGGCGACGUGAAGAGCCAGCACGAGACCCGCGUGGGCGACAGCGUGGUCGGCCAGUACUCGCUGCUGGAGUCCGACGGCACAAAGCGCACCGUCGACUACGCCGCUGAUGCCCAUUCUGGAUUCAACGCUGUCGUGCGCAAGGACCCUCUGCUGCACGCCGCUCCCGUCGCCGUCGCCCACGCCGCUCCCCUGGCGUACGCUGCUCACGCUUCUCCCCUGGCAUACGCCGCCCACGCCGCUCCUCUGGCCCAUUCCGCUCCCUUAGCGUACGCUGCCCACGCCGCUCCUCUCGCUCACGUCGCCCACGCCACUCCUCUCGCGUACGCCACCAGCGUCGCCCACGGUGCUCCUCUUGCGCACGCCGCGUACGCCGCUCCCCUGGCGCACACUGCCUACGCCGCUCCCCUGGCGCACACUGCCUACGCUCACGGUGCCAUCGCCGCUCCCCUCGCUCAUGUCGCCCAUGGCGCUCAUGGACUCGGAUAUGCUGGCCAUUUGGGAUACUCUCACUAUUAGAAACUAAAUUAUCCUAGACGAUAAAUAAUACUCAAAUAAGCUAUGGGUUAUUACCAUGGCCACGAAACUGCUGUGAUUACGUCAAAUAAAUGACAUUAAAUUAAA